AGCCCUGGGCUUGUUUGGCGGGAAGUUGGUUUAGCACGACUACCUGUGGCGGCUCGGCUGGCCUCGUCGCCGCCUCGUCUCUCUUCAGAGGCCGAGAGUUCUCUCUCGUGAUCUCGGCCUAGGGUUUAGUGCUCCUUCGCUCCGAGGACGCGAUGAUUCCCAGGAAGUGCCCAGAAACCCAGAAGACCCCCAAAGUGGUGGUGCGCCCCAGGAGCAGGAGGAGCCCGCGGGAGCCGGAGCCGGCGGCCCAGAAGCCCCGCACGAAGGGCCCCGGUCCCAGCAGGAGAUAUGACUCAGGCUGCCUUUGGGCAGGGCUGGGCAGCCUGCAGGUCCCGAAAGCAGGCAGGAGCAUCGUUAGGGUUCUGCACCAACAUAAGCUGGGUGAGGCUGCCUGGCCAUCGAUCCAGCAGGGCCUGCAGCAGUCCUUCGUGCACUCCCUGGCUGCUUACCGGAUAGCCCAGAAGGCCUCCCCCUUUGACAGGAGAGCCACGGCCCUGGCCUGGCACCCAGCGCACCCCAGCACCUUGGCUGUGGCCUCCAAAGGGGGUGACGUCAUGCUCUGGAACUUUGGCAUCAAGGACAGACCCACCUUCAUCAAAGGGAUCGGAGCUGGGGGGAGCAUCAUGGGGCUGAAGUUCAAUCUUCUCAACAGCAACCAGUUCUACGCGUGCUCCAUGGACGGAACAACAACGCUGCAGGACUUCGGAGGCAACACCAUCCGGGUUUUUGCCAGAAUUGACUGCUGCAACGUCUGGUUCUGCAGCUUGGAUGUGUCUGCCAGUAGCCGAGUGCUGGUCACAGGAGACAACAUGGGCCACGUGAUCCUGCUGAACACGGAUGGCAAGGAGCUUUGGAAUCUCAGACUGCACAAAAAGAAAGUGACCCAUGUGGCCCUGAACCCCUGCUGUGAUUGGUUACUGGCCACAGCCUCUGUAGAUCAAACCGUGAAACUCUGGGACCUGCGCCAGGUGAAAGGGAAGGACAGCUUCCUCUACUCACUGCCACACAGCCAGCCUGUCAACGCAGCCUGCUUCAGCCCUGACGGAGCCCGGCUGCUGACCACUGACCAGCGGAACGAGAUCCGGGUUUACUCCGCCUCGCAGUGGGACCGCCCUGUGAGCGUGAUCCCGCACCCACACCGCCACUUCCAGCACCUCACCCCCAUCAAGGCAACGUGGCAUCCUCGGUACAACCUCAUCGUUGUGGGCCGGUACCCAGAUCCUAAUUUCAAAAGUUGUGUUCCCUACGAGUCAAGGACUGUUGAUGUGUUUGAUGGAAACUCUGGGAAGCUGCUGUGUCAGCUCUAUGACCCAGAAUCUUCUGGUAUCGUUUCGGUGAGAUGUAGGCCCUCUCAUGAUGGGAAGAAAUUGAGGUUCAACCCACUUCCUUGCUUAAGUGAGUUUGUAUGUGUCCUGUCUCUGUCAGUACCUGCCAGCUUCCUCAUGCUGAUACCCUUGUCUCUGCAGCUCAAUGAGUUCAACCCCAUGGGAGACACACUGGCCUCAGCCAUGGGUUACCACGUUCUCAUCUGGAGCCAGGAGGAGGCUGGGCCAUAGAAACAAAACAAGAGCCAGUGAAGAAAGUGUGGGCCACGUGGCAGCUUGGAGCCCUCACACGGGAACAAACUGAGAAGAGGCAGCUGUUUGUUAAAGGGGCAGAAGUGCCCAAUGUUAGGCUUGGUGCGGGCACCGUGGCAUGGGGCACUGGCUCUCCACUGCUGGGCACUUAGCUCCAAAAGCUUAGGGUGACCCCAGGUCGUAUCCAGCUUGGAGCCAAAGUGGUUCUGUCCUUUCUGACUUGGUGGCAGAGUGAUGAGUGUUUUAGUUUGUAUGCACUACUGACAUGACCAAUAAAACCAUACCAACCAG